UUAUUUUGAAACGUCUCUACUGAAUCGGACGUUUGUUGACGCAAUGUUCAUGGCAGCGAAGACCUUGAGCACAUGAAAAUAAAAUCAUAACAGCACAUGUAACUGUUAUCAUCUCGAACACGUGUAAAUCAUGGCUAAACGGAUAAUAUAUCCUUUAUAUCAGCUGGGGAACCCUCAGAUGAGAUUAUUUCGCCCCCCCUUCACCAUGACCCUUGUCAGACCAGGAAAAGAACAGCCACCUGACACAGUACAGUUUCGCAUUCCCUUGGAAAUAACGAAAUUUGAUGUGAGAAACUACCUAGAGAAGAUCUACAGCGUUCCUGUCGCAGCCGUACGCACGAGGAUUCAGUACUGUACAAACAAGAAAAGAAACCACUUAAACCAGCGGGUAAAGAAGCCAGAUUACAAGGUGGCAUACGUUCAGCUGGCUCAGCAGCAGACCUUCCAGUUCCCAGAUAUCUUUCCCGAGACAGAAAAGAAGUACGAGGAGGGCACUGCGGAGGAGAUGCAGGAGAAGUUCAUGGAGGACGAGCGUCAGAGGCAGAAACCAGAUCCCAGAAGAGGUGGAGUUACUGAGUGGUUUGGCCUCUAGACAGACAAGUGUUGAAUGAAGAAUGACUUCAGAGAGACAGCAGCUGAAUGAAGAAUGUGGUGUAUUGUAGAUUAUGUAUUGGUGCAGGAAGAGCCAUUUACAGUGAUCUGACUGGCGUCCGUUGAGGGCCGUUUGACUCGAUGGAAAGCGAGACUGCCUUCAAGAGAAGGCUUGGAAAUCCAUUUCAUUCCUAGAAUGGCAUACUGUCAGAACGAGCUUAUGUCUACAUUGCGCACCAUCUUUUCUGAGGCUCUGCCAAAUUCUUUCAGGUUAUGUUCCUCUGCCGUGUCUCACGAACUUGAAGAGGAGUUCUUUAGCCUGCACGAUUCGUUUUGUUUCAAGUCUAUCCAAAAUGUAUUAUCUUUCCCCCUCAUGGAUUUGAAGCACAGUUCAUGAACUUUUUGCGGUAAAAACAACGAUCUUAAGAGGUGGCAAAGUUCUUCCUCAAAAUUCAUAGGGUUAACUGUGUUCCUGUUGGUUUUCAAUUUCAAUAAAACAGUACAUGACGA